UUCUUCCUCCGUGUUUCUCUUCGUUCUGCCUUUUCCCUCUUACUUUGUAAGACCUUUUUUAAUGAAUGAGACCAAGCAGAGGAGGCACUGGCUGGUUUGCUUUACACCCUUUUCCGGAUUUUGCGUGCGCUUUUUUCCGCUUCUCGAGUAAAAGGGAAGCUCCGGGGCAGAGGGGUGGCGGUGCUCUACCGGCCAAUACUUGUUAGAUUUUUCACGUAAAAACUGUCUUCGUGGCCGUGGUUCCAUCGGCUUUGCACACCCGCUGUCUCCGUAGGGUAGGCUCGGAGAUGGAGUGAGAGGGAGGUUGGGGCCCUAAGAUCGGCCUCCUCGCAUUAUUGUCACAUGAAUGUUUUAAUUUCCGUUCCCCGGUGAUUGGUGAGGUUGAAACUCUUCGGGUGCCUUUGUGGCCCCCCCCCGCGCUUUUUUUUUUUUUUCUUUCUUUCUUUCUUUCUUUCUUUCUUUCUUUCUUUCUUUCUCUCUCUUUUUUUUUUUUUUGCCUUUGUAUUUCUUUUCCGUAUAUGUGAAAAUAUUCUUCACAAACUGACAUUCGACUCCAGUUAUGGUGUUUUGUUCUGGUUUGGGGUUUUUUGAAGAGAUUUCAAGUUUUUAAUGGUAAACUAUUUACUCGUAAGGCUUUUGAGCUUUGUUAUGUUUUAAAGGGGUUUUCCCUUGCCAAGAUUAUUUUUAAAAUAAACCCUUGUUUUUCUCUGGUACUUGUGCAAUGUUGGAUCCAUCUGGAAUUUAUUUUGGUGUGGGGUGAGGGGAAUCCAGCUUCAUUUUUUUCUCUAUGCUGUUUCUAACACCACCUAUUGAAUAAUUCAUCUUUCCAUUGAUUUAGAAAACCACCUUUGUCAUACAUUAAAUUCUUACAUGAUUUUGGGUCCAUUCUGGAAUUCCGUGGCUUUGAUGUGCAUAAGGUCUUAAUUUUCAUGCAGAAGAUCUGGAAGUCUCUGCCCCCAUAUUUCUCCACCUGAAGUAAUAAAAACUUAUCUGUAUUUGCAUUCUAAUUCUUUUUAUAAAAUGUAAUUUAAUUACAACUCUUAUUCAUUCAUUAGCUUAGUGGAUUCAUUAGACUUGCAGUACUUGAUAUGAGAUGAUCUAAUUUUUUAUUGCUAUUUUUUUUUUUAAUCUCUUUGCCUUCAUCUGCUUUCUGGGAGAUGUGUUGAACUUUAUGUACAGGCCUAAUUUUACUUUUCCUAAAGCAUUUAACUGGUCCUAGCACCAUUUACUGGAUCAUCUUUCCUCAGCAAUUUGAUUGCCUCGUCUGUUUUCCAUUUGUUUAUACAGACUUGGCCCUCCCUGCUCUGCCCCAUUACUAUCACGCGUUUUCGUCCAGGCCCACUUGGCUCUAGGCACCUUGGUUUUGUGGAUACAGUGAGAAUUUACAUCUUAUUUCUACAGUUUAUUUUAAGCUUGUUUCUUGUGUCAUUCGUGCCCAGAAUCUUUUCCCCUAUGUAUUCUCUGACUAGGUGUUGCUGGUGUGUAGGAAAGUUAUUGGUUUGGAUGCGCGGUCGUACACUAUGGAAGAUUGCAGGGUUGUGCUUUGUGUUCACAAGCUGCUCGAGGUGCCUCUUCUGAAGAUGCUUCCACCGUGGAGGGCAGGGUAUUCCAGCAAGAAAACCCGUAGGUGAGGAUGGUGAGGAUAGAGGGAGGAAGACGCUGGGAGCUGCCCACCCGUACCAGGGACUUGGAGUGCGCUGUCCUAGCCUGUCGCUGUGGGUCUUCGGAGGGCAGGCGUGCUCGUUCUUUUACAUCAGGCCCUUGAGGAAUUCAACAAGUUCCUAAAACUUAGCUUACGAAACAAAAUGAUAAUAAACAUUGAAAUUCUGAGCUCUUUGUGUCUCUGCAGUCGCUUCUUUAGUUCUUGUCUGUGUUGCUGGCUGCUCAGUCAUCACGAGAGCCAGAGCCUGCUGGGCACAGAAUGUCUCACUGCAGCGUGGCUUCUUUCCCGUUAAGCUUCCAGUGCUGCUGAGAACACUGAUCUGUUCUGCUUUUGUUUGGAUUAUCCCCUGAAGAGAUUUCCAAAAAUGAAAUUCCUGCAUCUGAAGGAUGCCUGUGGCUGAUGGAUGGGUGGGCACUGUGCAGGCACCCAGAGUGCUGCGGUUUGUACGUGGCCCUGUGUUGGGGGUGGCAUGGCCUUCUUCACAGUCUGUUCCGAUACUCGGUGAUGGUGAUUCCGGCUCUGGGGCCAUCUGAACAGGACUGGGCAUGCCCACCUAUUCUCCCUUCCUUUCUAAACUCCUGUGUUGGGGCGCCUGGGUGGCUCAGUCAGUUAAGUGUCUGACUCUUGAUUUCGGCUCGGGUGAUGAUCUCAGGGUCAUGCGAUCAAGCCUCUCGUUGGGCUUCGUGCUGAGUGUGGAGCCUGCUUAAGAUUCUCUCCCCUCCGCUAUCUCUCCCUCCCCUUAUUUAGAAAGCAAACAACAAACAACUCCUGUGUUUUUCUCACAGAGCAAAGCCUGGAAGUGGCAUCAGAAUCAUGGCGGUCAGGGUGGAGGAGAGGGUGGCUUAUUAAAAGCCGGUUUAGGUAGAGAGCCUUUGUUUCAGUGCUUUUCUAGGACUCUCCGCUUCUCCCCACCCAUCCCCAGGAACCUUCCCCUUUGCCCUCUCUACCCACCUCCAUGCCUCACUCAACAGUGACAGCCUGGUUUUUUGAGUUGAUCUCAUUGGAUGAGCUCAGCAGCAUCUGACUCUGCACCUUGCUGUCCUCUUGUUGCCCACAGAGGAGGGGCGUGAUCUCCCUUUUAUAGGUGAGGACAGCAGGCGCGCGCGCGCGCGUGCACACACACACACACACACACUUCUUGGCCCUGGAGGCAUUAUUUCUGAAAGAGGACAUUGCUCUCUGGUCCCAUGGUUUCAAUUACCCCUUGACUAUCUCGUACAGCUUAAAUCUUUCUCCCGGGUUGCAUGGCCUGUGUGUGGAAGGACUGUGGGUUGGCAGUGGCACCAUCCUUGAGCCUGUGUCCAUUCCAGGGGAGCACCCACUGUCUAAUGGUAUAUCUGAUUCAUCUGCAUACUGCCAGGGGCCUUUCCUGAGAAAGAGUGUGAAGUAUGGCCUCAUAGCUCUUUAAGUUCAUUCGCUUACUCGGCAAGCAUUGGGCUGCUGGGACACAAAGGGAGAAUGAGGACUCCGUUACGCAGAGGCCCUCAAGGUUGGGGGGUCAGGAAGGGCUCCAGUGAGAGGGUGAUGUGACCAAGCACCAGCAAAAGCGCAGGAGCCUCCCUAGCAGAAGGGAAGGCCAGGAAGGGGUUGAAGCCAAGGACAGUGUUCCCACAGUGGGGGCGUGGGGGGGCAGGUCCACAACCCUGCUGCAACAGGACCAGGUUCUGGGUGUGCUUGGAGGGUGGAUUAGGAGUGGGGUGUGAAAAAGUGAGGAAGAGGGGUGACCGGGUGGCUCCAGUCUGCUGAGCUUCCAACUCUUGGUUUUGACUCAGGUCAUGAUCACAGGGUUGUGAGAUCAAGCCUUGUGUUGGGCUCCACACUCAGUGGGGAGUCUGCUUAAAGGUUCUUUCUUUCACUCUGCCCUUCCCCCUGCUUGUGUGCACUCGUGCUCUCUCUCUCCCUCAAAUAAAUUAAUCUUAAAAAAAAAAAAAAAAGCCAGAUGCCUCUUGGGGUCAACCGUACCCAUCUCCAGCACCCACUGGGGUGGUCCUGAAUGGGGUUCCUGUGGGUGUUUAUUGUUGAAUCCUAACCCAGUUGCAGUGGGGCCAUAGUGCAAAUGACUGUGCUGACUUGCACCAGGUUCCCAGGAACCAGGGCUGGAUUAUCCACGAAGGUCAAAUUCUCAUGCAAAUGAGGAUUGAUGGAGGCCCUGGGUGAGGGAGCAAUGUCCAGGAGACCUAGUGGGGACUGAGUUGCAGGAAGACAGGGUGACCAACUAUCACCACUGCCAACAGUGGGCAAGGAUCUAGUCACAUGGAGUCAUAGAAGACCCUGACCCAGGGCCGCUUUGGAGUUGGGGGGGUGGAGACCACUCAUGGCGAGGCAGCUGGACAAGGCCAUGGGGAAGAUGACUGACCAUGAGAGAUGGCAGGUCUGCGGGCUGCUCGAGGGGGUGUGGGUGUCAGAUACACCACCAAGCGGGCAGGAGACAGCAGGUGGUGGCAGAACUUUCUCAUCGUUGUUCUGAGACCUUGUGAGGCAGCCGCCCCACCCCGAUUCUUCUAAAUUUUAUUCUUACCUGUUCUCCAGCUUCUGUUGUUCAUAUGAAUUUUAAGGUAGUUUUACUCCUUUAAGAUUCCUGUUGGAAUCCUAAUUAGAGUCCGUUGCAUUGACACAGAAACACACACAGAUUUGGUCGGAAUGGGCAUUCUUGCUGAACAGAGUGAUGGAGAGAGGCCAGCCUCUCUCCAUCCAAGUCUACUAUCAUGUUCCUCAGAGGCAGCUGCAGUUAGGAGUUCCAUGUGUAUGUUCCCAAAAGUUGUCUAUGCAAACAUACAUCUAAUGUUCUACAAAGAAAAUGGGGUUGUAGUGCUUCCUGACUUCCUGCCCCAAGCCUUCCCUUUAGGCAGCCUACAGUGCGAGGCAUCCUGCUUGUCAAGGUAAUCUUGUACCACUUUUCCUAGAGUGACCUGCCUGCUAAGUGUCUGUGUCCCUGUUGCAGACCCCCUUUGACACCCCAAAAGAUGCGAGCCCCAUUCCCCUGUUAGGAGAGCUCUUGGUCCCCCCCCCCAUUUUUCCCAGUAAUUUGAAUAUGACAGACACCUCCGCUUAACUUGUCCUGAUAUGUCCCCAGCACCUGCCCACUGCCAGGCCUCCCCAAGGUGCUCAGACCAAAUCCCUGGGUGACUCUGGACUUAAUCUACCGGAGUCAACCAUGUAUCAUGCCUCCGUUGCCAGUCCCUGGUGGAGCCACCACGAGACUGACAGCCCCAGCCUCACUGGAGAACCAGGGCACAACCAGGAGAGACUGAGGCAUCAACAGGCCCACAGGAGUUAUGGUCAAGUGAAACAUGAAAGGCCUGGGGUGGGGUCCCCACAAGAGUGUGGACCUCAAGCAAAACCAUCUGUUCUCAGCCUGUCUUCCCUGGAGAUUAUCUCUGGAGGCAGCCUGGCCUGACACCUACACCAGACUUGAUGACCGCUUGGCACCUGUGUGAAUAAUCUGGCACCAGCCCUUGUGCGUGGACUGUGGGCCUGAGCAGGUGGCUCCAGAUCCUUGUUAGGUUCUCAGCUGACCAUGAGGACCCCAGGGUCUGCAGAACAAAACCUUGUGGCUGGAGCCUUGGGGUACACAGGUGUCCCCAGUCAUCUCAGACGGGAUGUUCCUGGGCUCAUAGAGUCCAGGGACCAUGGUUCCUGAACUGUGGCUCUACAGGCUCCUCUGACUUCCAUCUUCCUCAGAAACCUCAGGGGAUCAGGCAAUGGCAGCAGCCAGGCUCCUGCCACCACCAGCAGGACCCCAGCCCGUGUCAUUCCAGGCCAAGGUGACCUUUGAAGAUGUGGCUGUGCUCCUCUCGCAGGAGGAAUGGGACCGCCUGGGCCCUGCUCAGCGGGGCCUCUACCGACACGUGAUGAUGGAGACCUAUGGGAACGUGGUAUCACUGGGACUUCCAGGAUCAAAACCCAAUGUGAUCUCUCAGCUGGAGCGAGGAGAAGAGCCAUGGGUCCUGGACGGGCAAGGGGCUGAGAAGACUAGGGGCCUGGGGAGUGGCCAUUCAGACAGCUACAAACGUGACCACACGACAGCUUGUAUGCGACAAGACAGUUCACCCUGUCCGUGGGAAUAUGAAAACAAGGGAGAGAACCAAAAUAGGGAUUUGAGUCCGAAGCCAUUGAUUUCAGAGGAAGUAUCAGUGAUUCUAGGGGAAACCCCCGCGGGCUGGCUUGACCAAAGAUGUCAUGAGCGCGAGCAGAGCUUCGGGGGGAGUCCCAGCCCCGCCGGCCCGCCCGAAGCUCAGGCCUUGAGCCGGAGCGUGCCCCUGCCUCCGCAUCAGGCCGUCCCUGGUGGGGAGAGACCCUACAAGUGCACCGAGUGUGGGAAGUGCUUCGGCCGCAGCUCGCACCUGCUGCAGCACCAGAGGACCCACACCGGCGAGAAGCCGUACGUGUGCGGCGUGUGCGGCAAGGCCUUCAGCCAGAGCUCCGUGCUCAGCAAACACAGGAGAAUCCACACGGGCGAGAAGCCCUACGAGUGUAACGAAUGCGGGAAGGCCUUUCGGGUGAGCUCGGAUCUCGCCCAGCACCACAAAAUCCACACGGGCGAGAAGCCGCACGAGUGCCUGGAGUGCCGCAAGGCGUUCACGCAGCUGUCGCACCUCAUCCAGCACCAGCGCAUCCACACGGGCGAGCGGCCGUACGUGUGCGCGCUGUGCGGCAAGGCCUUCAACCACAGCACCGUGCUGCGCAGCCACCAGCGCGUGCACACCGGCGAGAAGCCGCACGAGUGCGCGCAGUGCGGCCGCGCCUUCAGCGUCAAGCGGACGCUCCUGCAGCACCAGCGCGUGCACACGGGCGAGAAGCCGUACACGUGCAGCGAGUGCGGCCGCGCCUUCAGCGACCGCUCGGUGCUCAUCCAGCACCACAACGUGCACACGGGCGAGAAGCCGUACGAGUGCGGCGAGUGCGGCAAGGCCUUCAGCCACCGCUCGACGCUCAUGAACCACGAGCGCAUCCACACGGAGGAGAAGCCGUACGGCUGCUACGCGUGCGGAAAGGCCUUCGUGCAGCACUCGCACCUGACGCAGCACCAGCGCGUGCACACCGGCGAGAAGCCGUACGUGUGCGGGGAGUGCGGGCACGCCUUCAGCGCCCGCCGGUCCCUGGUGCAGCACGAGAGGAUCCACACGGGCGAGAGGCCGUUCCGCUGCGCGCAGUGCGGCAAGGCCUUCAGCCUGAAGGCGACCCUGAUCGUGCACCUGCGGACGCACACCGGGGAGCGGCCGUACGAGUGCAGCCGCUGCGGCAAGGCCUUCAGCCAGUACUCGGUGCUCAUCCAGCACCAGCGCAUCCACACGGGCGAGCGGCCCUACGAGUGCGGCGAGUGCGGCCGCGCCUUCAACCAGCACGGGCACCUGAUCCAGCACCAGAAGGUGCACCGGAAGCUGUGACGGCCGCCGGCCCCGGAGCCCCGGCCCGGGAGCGGCUUCUGGCGAGUCCGCUGGGCGCCGUCCUUUGGCAGCGCGGUGGCCCAGGUCGCCCCGAGGAGACGCGCUGAGCGUGUCCCUGUAGAAGAACCGGAGGGUGCCGGCGUCGUUCUCCCCGAGUCCUCGAGUUCGCUGGCACCGUAGUCACACAGUCGCGGUGAACUUUGGUGACGACGGCCGUCGGUCGUUCGCUCUCCGACACGAGACCAUCGAUGCGAAGUAAGAAACCGAAGGAAGUUAAGACACAAUAAAACUUUCUUGCAUUCUAAAUAAAGUUUUUUCUUAGAACAUGACAUGCCUUUCCUAAAAACAACUCUUCUAAUUGCUGCACAUAAAUUUGAAUUGGAUUAUUUGCGGUUUUCUGUUAGACCACUCAAGUGUUGUGUGGAUAAAAUGAUAUUAAAAAAGAUGCCGUCAAGUAUCAUCAUGUAAUGUGGCUAGAAAUCUAAGUGUGUGGAGCCACUUGGUUUGUACGAACAAAGGAAAGUCUAAGGAUUAAUUAGUGAGAAAUGAUGUAAACUUAGAAAACACUUCAUCUGGUGUUUGAACUUUACUCAAGAUCAGAAGGGAUGUCCUAACUUCCUUAGUGAAAAUUCAACUCAAAAGUGGAUCUUUGCCUCAAAACCAACACUUAUGACUUACAGACCUUGUGCCCCAGAAAUCAUGGGAUGUCUUGGGCCUGCAGACCCCAUGUGGGUUGGAGGGGAGCUCUGCACUCAGAGCCCAGACCUCAUAACUGCUGUGUUACUCAAAAGACAGUGCUUUGGUACAUAUUUUUUAAACCUAAAAUUCUCAAAUUUAAAUAGCUUUUUUGUUAUCCAAAAUUCCCCUUCCUAUGUUUGAGGUAUUCUAUUUUUUACUCAUGAUUUCAAGAGCAGCUAGUAUCCAUUUUCAUGUACUGUAAUGAAUCUGGUUUUUAAGAGUUUUUUUUCCUCUCUCUCUUGAAAACAUCAGCUUCUUGGGAGAAAUAAGGACUAGAGUGUUAACCCUUAACUCCACAGCAAUACACUGACAGGGGUAAAAGCUUGUUUUCCCCUCUCUGUGAUACAGGUGAGAGGAGCCAGCAUGACAGGUGAAACUCUGGCAGCUGAGGAAGCAGGUGUAGAGCAGAGAGGAGAUGGGCUCCUUCUGAAAGGCACGGACGCCACUGAUGUGUACUACAGAGCAGCUGGGGCCACAGAGGAGAUAAAGCACCCGGAGCAAAACAGGACCCGGGGUCACUACGGUAGAUGCUAGAGGGGAGAUGAACGGGCUGAGGUGUCACUUCAGAGAUGGCCAGAACCUCUGAGGAGAUGCUGUACAGGCCACGCUCAUGGUGCGAGUCAGAGGAGCCAAACCCCUCGGGUGUUCCUGCACCCUGAAAUCACGGGAGCCAAAACGCAGAUCAGCAGAGUUCAGGGAAGCGUUACUUCAGAGAGCAGCCAACACCAGUGAGGUGCUAGCUCGAAGUCCUCCCAGAGGGAAGCUGACCCCUUGCUGACUGAGUCUGUAGCUGGCGUCUGACCCAGUGGCUGCCCCUCAGAGCCCACCAUUAUUCAGGGCACAAUUCCUAAUCCUGUGGAAGAGUUAGAAUAAGACAUAGUCAUGUUCCAGUCAAGAUGAGAAUAAGUUCAGUUAAAUACAAUGUAUAGAAAUACUUUCUUGGAAAGACAUAAGGGACACAGUACAAGUCAUUCUGAGUUGCUAAAUCCACCAAGUCUAGGGUUUUCGGGAAAAUCUGCAACAUGUAUAGUUCGCUUUUUGACCUUCUUAAAUGAAGUCUACCUAAUAUCGUUCUCCCUUUUCUUCCUAUCAGCUGCCAUUGACCCUUCGGUCAGUGUACAGGCUCAGGUGUCCGUGGAGCUGGGAGGUGAGCUUCAGGGUCCUUCUCCCUGGGGAGGAUCCCUGGGUCAUGCAUUUUUGUCACUCACUUCUCCAAGGACCAUAGAACCUGCUGGAACAUAUAGGCAGUCUGUGUUUUGGGGGGAAGUGGCAUCAGGCACCAAAAUGACCUUUGGUGUCCAUUCACCCUGUUAAUAGCCUUCUCGGCCGUUACUGCCCACCUCUGACUGGUCAGCAACAUUCCACACUUAUUUUGGAUUUUUUUAAUUUUUAUUUAGAAGUCUUUACAUUUUAUGCAUGUAAAAUCUUUAUCUUAUUUUUCCAUACUGCUACCAAGAAUUUGACACUUGGUUCUCAAAUUUUCUAUAAUUUAGAAAACACCCAGAAUUUUAUUUCUGUGUACUAUGUAUAAUGUGACAUUUUCCAAUAAAAAAGGAAUGAGUAGAACACCUAUUUGUGGGUGAAGGGAGAUCAAUAACUUUAGCAUAAGGACGUACCACAAGUCUGGCCAGAGGACGUGAGCUGGCAGUUCCCAAUAAAGGGAAGUACAAUGAGGAGAGCCCGGAAAAGGCUCAAGUGUGCCAGUUUCAAACAAAAACACGCCACCUCCUGAUCAGUUAGGAGAGGUCACCCUGUAACAGAGCGAUGACGGUGGGGCAGGGGUGCUUU